ACCUAACCCAAGUCGAAAACCAGCGACAUCCACGAAACCAUCAGUUCGACGACAUGGCCUCAGUGUACAAAACCGUCACAAGCGAUGGCGCCAGUGCCAAACGCGAUGCUAAGGCUCCUGGCGAAAAGACUCGGCAGGAGAACAAGCAGAGGGUUCUGAUUCUUUCAUCAAGAGGUGUCACCUACCGGCAACGACACUUUCUCGACGACCUCUCCACUCUGCUUCCACACGGGCGCAAAGAAUCCAAGUUCGACUCCAAGAAGAAGCUGUACGUUCUGAACGAACUUGCCGAGCUAUACAAUUGCAACAAUGUGUUAUUCUUGGAAGCUCGGAAGCGCGAGGAUCUCUACAUGCAUUUGUCCAAGGUGCCCAAUGGCCCAACUGUCAAGUUUCACAUCCAGAAUCUGCACACCAUGGAAGAGCUGAACUUUACAGGCAACUGCCUGAAGGGCUCGCGGCCGAUCCUAUCCUUCGACGCUGCAUUCGAUCAAGACCCAUCUUUUCGGCUUAUGCGCGAACUCCUCACACACGUAUUCGGCGUGCCCAAAAACGCGAGAAAGGCCAAGCCAUUCAUCGAUCGGGUCCUGGGCUUUAGCAUAGUCGACGGCAAGAUCUGGGUGCGCCAUUACCAAAUUGCCGAAGAAGACGCAGCAGGGGCUGCGGAGAAGAACAUUUCGCUUCUUGAGAUCGGGCCUCGUUUCUGCAUGACGCCGAUGAUUAUUCAAGAAGGGUCAUUUGGUGGAGCUAUCAUAUACGAGAACAAGCAAUACGUAUCCCCGAACCUGGUCAGAGCCGAAUUGCGGAGGAAAGCUGCUAGGAGGCACAGCGCGCGGCAAGCGCAGGUCGUGGAACGCGAGGUCAAGAAGGGUAGGCUUCAGGGAAGCAGCAAACCUGAUGCCUUGGACUCGAGGAAGUUGUUUGCUUAAGGUAGUAAAUAGGGUGGGACGAGCUGCCACCAUUGGCGAUUAAAAGUGGUCUAUUUACGCAGCGGAAUUGGACUUGACUUGGUAGCAUUCGGACAUUUUCGACAAUUAUCGGUGACAACUCGGGCAUAGGAGU